AAGAGUUAUGGAGAAGCUACGGAUAGAAAAGUCGUCAAAACGUUAUUGUAUUUGUUGUUCUCGGUACUUCUGGAGGUAUAAUAAUGUAUUUGGAACAGAUGAGUGGAACGAAUUACCAGCCUUGAUCCGCGUGUUUGAAACAAGAUAAUCGAUGAGGCGGAGAUGUGAUCUCUGGAACAAAAAAUAGUUUUGUGGCUGGCUUUACCAAGUCUCUAUGAUUCUAGAGAGGAAAGCAGCCACGAACUAUGUGCAACUGUCAUGUCCAUACAGGCACGUGUUACUAAAUUGCAUUGACACCUUUAAAUACUUCCUUGCUAGCAAUACAUCGUAGGUAUUGUAUGUAAGUUUUACCGACGAAAAGAUUUUACUCUGCACGGCACCGCUGUACAGUGGUAGUGUGUGGUGUUUCCGAAGCCGGAGCCAAGAUGAAGCCAGUGGUGAGCGGGGACAGGAAAUUGUUCCAUGUCAACCGGGUGGACACGCAGGAGCAGCAGCAGCAGCAGCUGAACGCAGCAGUUGACGCCAACAAUCACGGGCCUCAGGUUCUUCCCUCCCAAGAUACCGAGGAGCGAUGUGCUUCCCCGGCCCAGUCACCGUCAGACACGGAGAUGGACUCCCUGACGUACCCGCCCAACACGAAUACCUACACGGGCACCUACACGGGUACUCACACGGGUACUCACACGGGCACCCACUCGGGUACCCACUCCACAUUCCGGUCCCUACGUCAGCUGACCCGAGAAGCACUGCCAAGACUGGACCAUUACCGCAACUUGGCGAGCAUCAUGCAUGCUCCAGGCACCGGCCAGAGACCCACCCUUGAUGACCUCCACCAGCCGCCGCCGGGCAAGGUGUCGGUGGGGGCGCCAAGAGGAAGUAGCGAAGAAGAAUCCAGCGGAGAGGGCAAAUUUGGAUGGGUGCAGGGCGUGCUGGUACGCUGCCUCCUCAACAUCUGGGGCGUUAUCCUCUUCCUCAGACUCCCGUGGGUGGUGGGCCAGGCCGGAGUGUUGGAAGGCAUGCUGAUCGUGACCAGUGGUAACGUGGUCACUGCCAUCACCGCCCUCUCCAUGUCUGCUAUUUCCACCAACGGCCAGAUCAAAGGAGGUGGGACUUACUACAUGAUCAGUCGCUCGCUGGGACCGGAGUUUGGAGGAGCUAUUGGCUUGAUUUUCUCCCUGGCCAAUGCCAUUGCUGCCUCCAUGUACGUCGUCGGGUUUUGUGAGUCCUUGAAUGACUUGCUCAAGUCCCAGGGACUCCUGAUUUUCGACAAUGGUGUAAAUGAUGUGAGGGUGAUUGGCAGUAUUACACUCGUCAUCCUCUUUGCUAUCUGUAUCAUCGGCAUGGAGUGGGAAGCUAGGGCACAAGUAGUUCUACUGGUGGUGCUUCUGGUGGCCAUCUUGGACUUUAUCAUCGGUGCCUUUGUGGGUCCUCUUACUGAUGAAGAGAUCGCCAUGGGUUUCGUCGGCGUCAAUGGGACGGUGCUGUCCAACAACCUCUACUCAGACUACCGUGAUGAGGGAGCCCAGAGUGGGGAGGAAGGCAACAUGGGAUUCUUUGGUGUCUUCAGUGUUUUCUUCCCUGCCUGUACCGGCAUCCUGGCUGGUGCCAACAUCUCUGGUGACCUGAAGGACCCAUCAGCAGCCAUCCCCAAGGGAACAAUUCUGGCCAUCGUUAUCACCUACAUAUCCUACAUGUUCCUUGUGGUGUUGGCUGGGGCUGUGGAAUUGAGGGAUGCAACUGGAAAUGUCACUCAAGUCUUGGACUCGUCUUACAGCAACUGUACAGGCAUAGUCUGUGAAUUCGGUCUUCUCAACAGCUCUCAGGUAAUGGAGCUGGUGGCCAUCUUCGGCCCACUGAUCUAUGCUGGUUGCUUUGCUGCCACCAUCUCCUCUGCUCUGGCCUCCAUUGUCUCGGCACCCAAAGUUUUCCAGGCUUUGUGUAAGGAUAAGCUGUACCCAUUUAUUGAGUUCUUCGCUAAAGGCUAUGGCAGGGGAGAGGAGCCAUACCGUGGCUACGUCCUUACCUUCGUCAUCGUGCUCGUCUUUACAUUGAUUGCUCGCCUCGAUUCAAUUGCUCCCAUCAUCACCAACUUCUUCCUGGCCGCCUACGCCCUCAUCAACUUCUCCACCUUCCAUGCCUCCCUACAGCACAUUCCCAGCUGGAGACCCACCUUCAAGUACUAUAACAAGUGGCUGAGUCUGGUUGGGGGACUGUUGUGUACAGCCAUCAUGUUCCUCAUCCAGUGGUACACAGCACUCAUCACUGUCGUCAUCAUCCUCGUCCUUUACAUCAUUGUGUCCUACAGAAAGCCAGAUGUAAACUGGGGGUCAUCAACACAAGCACAGACGUACAACCUUGCUCUGAGCUCAGUCUUGACUCUAAAUCAGAUGGAAGAGCAUAUCAAAACCUACCGUCCCCAGAUCCUGGUGUUGAGUGGGUCACCCUCCUCCAGGCCGCCUCUUAUCCACUUUGCACAUUCCAUCACGAAGAAUAUGUCCCUUCUGGUCACAGGUCACUGCUUCAAAGAGCAACAGUCACAAAGGUUACGGGCAAGACUGAUAGCAGAAGCCACUAGCUGGUUGUAUCGACACAAGGUGAAGGCCUUCUACUCCAUUGCUGACGGCCCCUCUAUGGAUUUGGCUGCCAGGAUGCUAAUGUGUAAUGUGGGACUGGGUAAAUUACGACCCAAUUUAGUCCUCAUGGGUUACAAGUCCACCUGGCAGACAUGCCCAUCUGAGGAACUACAGAGUUAUUUCAAAACCAUCCAUUAUGCUUUUGGCUUGUACCUGGCUGUUGGAAUCUUGCGCGUAGAGGGCGGCCUUGACUAUUCUAACCUCACAGAGGUGCCACAGGAGGAAGAAGAAGCCACCUACAAUGCUAAUGCUGCUGCCAACCCUACGUCUUCCAGUGCCCCCACUACAUCCAGCCCCAAUCCCUCAGCUUUACCUUCAUCUGUUUCUGCAGGGAGCUUUGAUCACUACCAAAAUGAAGCUGAUCUUCAUCCUGAUUCCUCUGCUGCUGGGGGACAGACCAAUGCUGCAACAUCAAAUAAUGAUGAAAGCAACCCAUCAUUCCUGGAGGGCAUGAAGAUGGGCAAGAAGAAGAAAGACCCCAUGUACCGCCUGCCCAAUGGUGAGGUUGUUGCACCGCAGGUUGUGGACGCUAUGCUUCGCUUCACUCGUAAACAGCCCAAGGGAACCAUUGAUGUGUGGUGGCUCUAUGAUGAUGGCGGUCUGACAAUGUUGAUCCCUUACAUCCUUACUACCCGAGCAGCCUGGUCCUCCUGCAAAUUGAGGGUCUUCUGCCUUGCUAACAAGAAGGAUGACUUGGCCUCUGAGCACCGGCGAAUGAUUGAGCUGCUGUGCAAGUUCCGAAUUGACUUCUCUGAUGUCGUGAUGGUGCCUGAUGUGACACGACGUCCCAGGGAAGAGUCUGUGAGGGAUUUCAAUAACCUCAUCAGCAGCUUCAAGGUUCCACCAGAGGAAGAAGAUGGAGUCAAAAUCUGUGAGGGGAUCACGGAGUCAGAGUUAGUAGCUCUGAAGGACAAGACCAACCGCCACAUCCGUCUGAGGGAGCUGCUGCUGGAACACUCAAGAGAGGCCUCUUUCAUUGUUAUGACCCUGCCCAUGCCUGCUGUGGGGACGGUGUCGGCGCCACUCUACAUGGCUUGGCUGGAAACCCUCACGCACCAGAUGCCACCCUUCCUCCUCCUCCGUGGCAAUCAGUCCUCAGUUCUUACCUUCUACUCUUGAGAACCCCCACGCACUCGGUGCUACACUGGACACUGCUUCAACCAUUGUGUGUUGCUCAUCCAGCACUCCUCCAUCUCUUAUUUAAAUUUACAUGUUUUCCAAGGUGCUCAGGAUGUAUCCUACAGCCAUUUGAUACUUUUGUUCAAGAAUUAUCAAUUUACUUCAUCCCUUCAUCCAUAUCUCUGUAAUUCAUCCUGAAGUAGCAAGAAUUCCUUAAGUUAUAAAAUAUUGCUCUUAAAAUUGCUAGGUAUGCAAAUAGGCUAUGGAACUAACAAUACUAAUGGUGCUAGAUGUACCAAGUUAUGAGCUAUGGGAUCAGUCUUUAGUACUUAUUAUUAAUGAAUUUCUUCAGGAAAUGUUUAAAAUAAAUAUUUUCAAAAGACAGUGUGGAGACGUUCAGUAACAGAAUGUCAGAAAUUUAUUUUAAGUUGCUCCUUAUAUUCCACAAAGGAAUAGGGCAUGGAAGCUAUAGAUACAGUUUAUAGAUACUCAUUAUGUAGAUGUAAUGAAUUUGUAGUGCAGAUUGAGGAGGCAAGAGGGUUUAGCUGUUAAUUUGAACAUACAGUAGUACUGUAUCACAUGUAAACGAAAAACAUAUACAGUAAUGAUAUGGGGUGAUUAUACGGAUGUGGCAG